AUGAUGGACGUAAGCAGCAUGUACGGCAACCACCCGCACCACCACCACCCACAUGCCAAUGCCUACGAUGGGUAUGGCUCCACCGCAGCGGCAACCGCUACAACUUCCAGCGGCUAUUUUGCUCCGCAGCAACAUCAGCAGCAGCUGCAGCAACACCAGCAACAGUUGCAGCACCAGCAGCAACAGCAACAUCACCACCAGAACCAGCAACAUCUCUCCUACAAUGGCUACGAGAGCAGCUCACCCGGGAGCUACUAUCCGCAGCAGCAGGCGCAGCUCACGCCGCCGCCAUCUGGAAACCACCAGGUGGUGCAGCAGCAGCAGCAACAGCUCUAUCCCCACUCGCAUCUGUUCAGCCCCAGUGCGGCGGAGUAUGGAAUCACCACGAGUGCGGCGACGGCCGGCAAUCCGGGAACACCGAUCCAUCCCACGAGCCACUCGCCAGCGGAUUCGUACUACGAAAGUGACUCAGUGCACUCGUACUAUGCCACCGCUGCCGUGGCCACCGUACCACCGCCCACAAACAACUCACCUGUGACUGCUGCGAAUGCCACCAAUCCCCAGCAGCAGCAGCAGCAGGCAGCAAUCAUCAGCUCCGAGAACGGAAUGAUGUACACCAACCUGGACUGCAUGUAUCCCACGGCCCAGGCACAGGCCCAGGCCCAGGCCCCGGUUCACGGCUAUGCCGGCCAGAUCGAGGAGAAGUAUGCCGCCGUGCUGCAUGCCAGCUAUGGUCCCGGUCUGCUUCUAGAAGAGCAGGAUCCCAUGAUGCAGCAGGCGACGCAGUCGCAAAUGUGGCACCAUCAGCAGCACCUGGCGGGAGGCUAUGCUCUGGACCCCAUGGACUCGUUAGGGAUGCACGCGCACAUGCAUCACGGUCUGGCCCACGGACACCUGGCCAACCUGGCCACCAACUCUCACCAGCAACACCCACAGCUCCAGCAACAGAACCAACAGCAGCAGGCACAUCAGCAGCAGCAGGCGCAACACCCGCAGAACCAAUCGCCAGCCGGACAACAGCAACAGCAUCAGCAGCAACAGAACUCCGUGUCGCCCAAUGGCGGCAUGUCACGCCCGCAGCGUGGUGGUGUCAUCUCGCCUGGUAGCUCCACAUCCUCCUCCACCGCCUCCGCUUCGAAUGGCACGCAUCCUGCGAGCACACAAUCAAAAUCGCCAAAUCACUCUAGCAGCAUUCCCACCUACAAGUGGAUGCAGCUCAAGAGGAAUGUUCCCAAGCCACAAGCUCCGAAACUACCUGCCAGCGGAAUUGCCAGCAUCCACGACUACCAAAUGAACGGGCAGCUGGACAUGUGCCGCGGUGGUGGCAACGGCGGCGGCAACGGAGUCGUCACCAGUUCUGUUGGUGUCGGCGGCAACGGAUCCUCUGGGAUCGGCAAUGUCCUGGCUGUGCAAAACUCUCUGAUGAUAGCAAACAAUGGAUCGCCCGGCAGCGCCCAUCCCAACGGGUUGGGCGUUGGCGUGGGCCUGGGCAAUGGGUCCGGAGGGGGCCUGAGCAGCUGCAACCUUUCCAAUAGCACCAACAAUUCCGGCCGGACAAACUUCACCAACAAGCAGCUGACGGAGUUGGAGAAGGAGUUCCACUUCAAUCGCUACUUGACGCGGGCGCGACGCAUUGAAAUCGCUAAUACACUGCUGCUAAAUGAAACUCAGGUCAAAAUCUGGUUUCAAAACCGCCGGAUGAAACAGAAGAAGCGAGUGAAGGAGGGUCUUAUUCCGGCGGACAUCUUGACGCAGCACUCGGCGGCUCCCGUGAUCAGCGAGAAGCCGCCCCAGACGCAACAGCAACAGCAACAGCAGCAGCAGCAACAGCAACCGGAGUUGCAGAUAAAGCCGCAGGCCAGCGAUCUGGGCAGUAACGAGUUGUCCACAGCAGCAACAUCGGCAGCAAACGCCAAGCAGAGUUGA